AUGUUUCUUAAGAAAUUAUCGCAAGAUGAACGAAUUAAGCUAAGAGCUCAACGCAAGGAAAGUCAGCUGAUAAGGAAUCGGGCGAAGCAGAGAGGAUUCCUUUAUGUUGUCAAUCCACCUGAAAUUCCCCGUGUCGCAUUUGGUUCCAGUUUGGAUCGUGUAACUCUACCACUAAGAGGACCAUGUUUAACAUCAUUUAUGCGCCAGCAUCAAGGGGAUGUUUUCUUAGGUCCUGGCCCAGCAACUCGAGUGGAUGAAAGGGAUUUUUUGGAAAUAAAGUAUCCUUCAAAAUUGGGUUACUCGGCAUUUGCCAGUAAGGCACCACGUCUAUUGGGUCCAUCAAAUGCCAAUAUGCCUUGUGUGGGUAGUUAUGAUGUGGAGCCUAGGAAACGCUUGAGAGAAGCCACCAAACCUUUUAAUACGGGAGCGCCGAGGAAGGAUAAGGAAAAGUUCUUAACACCAGCCCCCUCAGCCUAUCCCCAUCACGUGGAACGUCCCAAAUUGCGAAUAACCUCAGCAUUUGGUAGUCGACGAAAAAUCCACCCAGCCAUUAGGGUCAUCUGCAGCCCCCUAAAUGUUGCCAAAUGUCAAAAAUGUGAACAGAUACCCCAAGGAGAUUAUUGGCAUGAUUUCAAUAGAGAAUUGGAUCUUUGUCGCCCCUGCAUGCAUAAAAUUGAAAAUGAUUUGAAGAAAUGUUCCUCCACAGAGUUGCAACGUCAAAGGCUGCGUCGUGAAUUUGCCGAUUAUCAGAGAGUGCGAUAUUGUGAUUUUUAUCAUGAUCAUGGCGGGACAAUGGCAGCGGUACAGACAUUACCGCAGCGAAUCUGUAAAAUGAAAAUUGCCAAGGAAAAUUAUUUGUCAUUGUAU